CAUCUCCAUUUCAGUGGUGGCGAGGAAGGGUGAGAAGUCGCGAUGCCCACCGUGUCGGUGUCGCUCUCCUUCCCGCACCUAACCCAAAUCCAUAAUAAUAAUAAUAAUAAUAAUAAAAGAAAAAAGAAAAUUUAAUAGGAUUUUAUUUUCAACUGAUGGAUAGAUUGCAGCAACCCAUAAACCCUCCAUUUUCGAUCCACUUCCCAUUCUUUUCCCUUCAAAAUUUGGUUCCAGUUUCUUGAGAGAGUUCCGCCUGUGAAUUUGGGGGCAAACUUAGGGUUUUUUUUUUUUCUCUUUGUCGUCGUCGUCGUCUGAUAGUAGAUGGCCACUACUGGCGAGGAAGAGGCGGAGUACGAGAGUGAUCCGGAGGAGGCGAAGCGGUCGCUGACGAUGCGGCGGAGGGAGGCCAGCGACGACGAGGAGCAGGGGAAAGAAGAAGCGCCUGAGACUGAGCGGGAGCGGGUUUCUAGUGUUGCGAUUCAGUCGGAUGGCGAAUCCGACGGCCGGGGCGCUCCGGAGGACUAUGACGACGAAGAAUCCGAGAUUGAGGAAGAAGAGUUGGAGAGGGUCGAGGAUGAGGAAGAUGAGGACGAGGAGGAGGAGAUGCCGGAAGAGGACGGUGCCCGAGUUGGCGGCGAGGCUGCGGCGACGGUCCAGGAAUUGGAUUUGGACACAGGAAGAUCUGUUAGCGAGUCUUUUCCGGAGCUUGACGGAGGGAAUCAGGUUGAACAGGAGAAGAAAGAGAAUGAGCCUUUUGCGGUGCCGACCGCCGGUGCUUUCUACAUGCACGAUGACAGGUUUCGAGACAAUGCCCGUGGUGGUCGAUACAGGCGGACAGUGGGUGGAACUGGAAGGAAGUUGUGGGAGUCAAAAGACAACAUGAAGUGGGGCCAUGACAAGUUUGAGGAGAUGACUCUCCAGAAGUUUGAGGAGAUGACUCUCCAGGAAAGGCACUAUGUAGAGGGAGCAAGGAACUCCAGAGGUCGUUAUCGUGCUCGUGGGAAGAUUCGAGGUGGAGAUCGUGGAUAUACUAGAGGAAACAAAUCCAAGUCAUAUAAUGAUAAUAAUCAGCACGAUGCUCCUAAUGCUGUUAGAGGCAGAGGCCCUCAAAGGUAUGGGCCUUCUAAAAAGAACAAUAGUGAAACACCUACGACAGAAAGGAAACAUAGAUUGGGAAAGUCAAUUGAGAAGCCAUCACAUACUACUUCUGGGAGACCGACUACAGCCUCACUGAAUUCAGAAUCUGAUCCAGUUCCUGCUAGGAAACAAGUUUUCGCAUCAAGCUUGAGCUCAGCUUCUCCUCCAUUUUAUCCUUCUGGUGCUUCCAGUAAAGAAAUCACUUUGACACAGAAAAUAGAUGCUCAAGGUGGAGGUAUUACCCGGAACCUGCAGUCUUCUGUUGUGGAUGAAAAUUUUCCUAUCCCACAGUUGAAUACAUUGUUUCGAGAAAAGAAUGUAGGUGAUGCCACUGGCAUAGAGAAGCUUUAUAUCAGUGAUUCUUUUCUCCCAGUUGCUGGAAAGACUUCAGCCAGCUUGCAGUUGCCAACUUCUGCAUCUUCUUUUGUGAAUACUACCCAAACUCUUCAGCCAAGGGCUCAUGGGAGAGGUUUGACAGCCUCUGGGAAAGCGACGACUCAACCAGGAGCACCUCAUGGCCAAGUCACCAGAGCUUCUCUGCCAACCCAGGUGCAUUCUGUGCAAAGAAGUCCCGUUCAAAAUUGGGUUAAACCUUCCAUGCAAGAUUCUGGUCAGCAGUUGGGACAAUCUCAUCAACCAUCACCUUCUCCAAAAGAGGCUUUGUCAAUAAAUUCUGCUGAACCUGGAGGAGACGAAUUUGCUUCAGAAUCAAGUAACUCCAAGGCUGCAUUAAUUGGAAGAGGAAAAGGUGUUCAAGGUAGUGGCAGGGGUUCUUUUCUGUACGGGGGUGCUCAGGUUGUGGGAGCAUCUGGAAAUGUAGGUAGUGGUCAUGGCGACCAGAACUUUGCUGCAACUCCAGCCUUCUUACCUGUGAUGCCAUUUGGUGGCCAGCAUCCUGGUGGUAUUGGUGUUCCUGCUGUAGGCAUGGCUUUCCCUGGUUAUGUUGCUCAAUCACAACUUGGACUGGGCAACUCAGAGAUGACAUGGCUACCAGUUUUGGCUGGUGCUGCAGGAGCUUUGGGGGCAACGUAUUGUCCACCCUAUAUUGCUGUUGAUGGUGCUUAUCACUCCCAUUCACCAGCAUCUUCCUCAGGAGCUUCAAGCAAAGAAAAUAAUGCACAUAAACCACAUGGUGAAUGGAAGUCUUCACAGGAACCUGAGGUUGCGAGUGUUGAAUUUGGUCAACGACAGAAAAAUACUCGCAGAUACACAGAGAUGAAUUUUGGGCAGUGAAGUACUUACUAAGAUUGACCCUAUAUGAAUAAGCAGAUGAAGGUCUCCUUCCAGGCCCUUUGUGAACUUCUGGAUUUCUUCUGGAGCAAUUUGGGCUCCUGUAUGUUUCAUCAUAAUUUAGGUAGUUAUAACUAGCACCUGCUAAUGCUUGUGGUCAAUUAAAGGAGAACAUUGCAGCCUGACAGGUGGCAGUUUGUCGUGCAAAUCUGCGGUGGUGUGUUUUUCCUGUGGGCCUGUUUUCCAUUGGAGCUUGUGAGUCUUGGUUGGUGGGCAGGCCGGCUUCUUGCAAAUAUUAGGCUUUUAGGGUUAAAAUUUAAGUGAGGACGAGAAUAUUGUGCAGGUGAGGUGCUGUCUGGUCUAUGAAGGGAUUUGUAUCUUCGUGGCUGUUUUAUAAUUCAUCCAUGGUGGCCUUUAAAUUCGUUGACGUUGGAAAAGAUUAGUUAUUUGCUGAUGGAAGAUUAUGAAAUCAUGAUGGUUUAAGGCCAUUAUUAUGAUUAAUGGGUGGGUAAGUGUUGUGGGCGCUGGAGCUUCUCUUCGUUGAAUUUAGAAUGGAUUUUAUUUUCUCC